UUCGCGGUUGCCUUGAGGGACACGGUGCGGUAGCCAGGGGCAGGCGCCCGGAGCGCUUCAGAUGGCUUCUCAGAAAGGGAUGCCCUCCUCGGCCCUGCGGGUUCUGGAAGAAGUGUUGGGCAUGGGCUCGACGGCUGCCGGGGACACCGCGGAGGCGGUGGCCGCUGAGGGCGCUUACUACCUGGAGCAGGUCACUAUAACUGAAGCAUCUGAAGAUGAUUAUGAAUAUGAAGAGAUACCAGAUGACAAUUAUAGCAUUCCAGAGGGUGAAGAAGACCUGGCAAAAGCAGUUCAGAUAGUCCAAGAACAGGCUACAGAUACUCAAAUUUUGGAGCAGAAAACAGUCCUUUCUUCAAAGCAUGCAGUACCUGAAGCAAUAGAAGGCUUUCUCUGCAAUUUCCUGAUCAAAAUGGGAAUGACUAGAACUCUUGAUUGCUUUCAGUCUGAAUGGUAUGAGUUAAUACAGAAGGGAGUAACUGAACUUAGAGGUGGCGGGCAUGUUCCAGAUGUCUACACUCAGAAUAUGCUUUUAGAAAAUGAGAACAAAAUUUUGAAGAAAGAAUUGAAGCACUAUAAACAAGCAGCUGACAAGGCUAGAGAAGAUCUGCUGAAAACUCAGAAAGAACGUGAUUUUCAUCGAAUGCACCACAAGAGAACAGUCCAGGAGAAAGACAAAUUAAUUAAUGACCUCAAAGGGUUGAAGUUACAUUACGCAUCUUAUGAACCAACUAUAAGAGUAUUAUAUGAGAAGCACCACGCUUUACUGAAGCAGAAAAUGCUGACCUCUUUGGAAAGAGACAGAGCAGUGGGACAGAUUUCUGGACUUCAAGAAACACUGAAGCGUAUGGAAAUAGGGCAUAGUUUCCAUGCUCCUGAAAUUACAGUUGUUCCGAAUUGUGAAAAGGAAAAUGCACCAGAAGGUCCUACUCAGAAAGGUCUUCGUGAAGCCAGAGAACAAAGCAAACGUAAAACAAAGAUGAAAGUUAAUACAAAGGCCUCCAACAGAAAUCAAGAGGGCGCCUGUGAGCUCAGUGCAAGAUCAGCCCUCUGUCCAACUCCAUGCCUCCAUCAUCAGGAGUGGAGAGGGAACUCUCAAACUUGGAAUAAGAUCACACCUCUUCAGGACAUCUUUGGCAGGAGACAACAGAGUGCCCAAGCACUCAGAGUAAGACCACCCGUCUACAGGACAUCAUACCUCUGUCAGCAGGAGCCAAAGGGGAGAUUCUGAGCAACACCUGUUUCUGGCCUCUUCUCCCCCAGAGCUCUUUCUUCAACACCCAUACCCUUUAUCCUGUACUUUUUAGUCUUCAUAAGGAGCCUAGGGCUCCCAGUUCAUCAUAUAUUCCAGAGCUCUAAUCCUCCCUAAGGCUCCUUAUGUCACUUUUUCUGACCCAAUCUCUUCUUCUCCUUUCCUGACUCUCAAAUCUUUUUCUGUGUACCCUCUGGAACUUAAGAUCAUUGACUAGCAAAAUCCUCUAUAUUUUUAACUUGUACUGUGAAUGUUCCCUUCACCUUCUGUGCUAAUGGAAAUUUAGCUUUUCUCUGCUUAUAGUUUCUCCUGCAGCCAGGCAGGUUCUCUUCGGGGAAAAAAAGCCUUGAUUUGUAGUAUCUUUCAGGUUCUGUGCUAUAAAUACUCAUUGCAUAGCCGUUCAGGCUACCAUCUUUCUUCAUCAAAUGUGGAGUUGAGAAGUGACAUCCAUAACCAGCUCUCCUGAGAUACCUCCGGUCUGCCUUGACCUGUAGCAGUCUCAAGGGUGAUUUCUCUCUACUCCCCGCUCAACCAUAGCAUUGGAUCUGUAGGUGAGAUAAAUGUCCCCUUUGCUUCUCGUUGCUGUUUUCAGUCCCUUCUUCUGCCCUCAUUCAUGAAUACACCUUGCCUUGAAUCUCAUAUCAUCAUGUUAUCCUACUCAGUAAUAACUCUUUAUUACAGGUACUUCUCAGAUCAUUUUUUCUUGUAAAAUAAAAAAAAAUUAAUCACUGUGACAUUGUCACUUUUGUAAAAAGAUUACUGCCAUAAUUUUAUUUAGAUAUUCACAUGGAUGAUCCUCUAACACUCUGGACUUUCAGUUCCUCGAUAGCCUCUUCUUUAAGUGAUCCUGUUCUCCAUCCAUUCUCAGCCACUCACUUUUGGUCAUUCCUCAGGCCUUGCUAUUACCAAUAACUGCCAUACAUUUUCACUUUCUUUGCUGUUUGCUCCUUAUCUCCCCAACCUCUCUGUAUGUUGAGGUUUUCCAGGGAUCAAUUCUGGGGCCUCUUCUCUUUGGUGUCAUCACUCCCUAGGUGAUCUCAUCCAGUCUCGUGGCUUUAAAUUACCUAUAUGUUAGUGACUCAUUAAGUUUUAUCUUCAACUGAGCUCUCUUUCCUGUCCUCUAAUUUUAUGUAUCCAACUCAGCUGCAUACUUGUCCUCCACAGUUAGAUAUCGAGUCCGCAUUAAAGCUCUAUCUCCUGCAGUUUUCUCCAUCUUAAUUAAUGGAAGCUCCGUCCUUCCACUUCCUUAGCCAAAAACCUCUGGAGUUAUCCUUGAGUCAUUUCUCUCUUAGACAUUUCGCAUCAGAUAUGAAAAGAAAUUAUUUUGGUUCUAUCUUUGAAACAUAUCCACACUUCCAUCUUUUCUUACCACCAGCAGUGUUGCUCUGUUUUUCUUCCCCAUUGUCUCUAGCCUGGAUUACUGCAAUAGCUUCCUAACUGAUCUUUCUGUUUUUUGAUUUCCUUUGCUUCAGUCUUCUUUGAAAACAGCAGCCAGAGUGAUCCUCUUAAAACAUAAAUCUAUCCAUAACAUUUCUCGGUUGAAAACUUUCUAGUGGCUUCCUGUCUUUUUCAGCUAUAGGAAAGUCAUUAUAGCCUCUGAGGCCCUACACAAUCUGACCCCUUUGUAACCUCUCUGACCUCAUCUACAGCUACUGGCCCAUCUUUUACUCAAUUGCAGCCACACUAGCCUCCUUCCUAUUUGUAGAACACUCUAGUCAGGCCCUGCCUCCAGGCUUUUGCACUUGAGGUUUCUUCUGCCUGAGCUGUCUUCCUUCAGAUAUUUGAAAGGCUCAUCCCUUCACUUCCUUUAAAGUUUUAGUUAAAUGUCUCCUUUUAGAGAGACCUUCUAUAGCUGCCCAAUCUAAAUUUUAAUGCUGCCCCUCAUUCCCUUUUCCUUCCUGGAUCUCUUUCCUGCUUUUGUUUUGUUUUUUCUCCUUACACAUCUUACAUAUCUUUCUCUUACAUUCUGUGUUGUACUUUUUAACUUGUUUAUUGCAUCUCUUCCCCACUAGAAUGUAAGCUCCACAAGAGCAGGUAUAUUUAUCUGCUUUAUUCACUACUGUAUUCUCAGUGCCAAAAACAUGACUGGCCAAUAUUAAGUACUCCACAAAUAUUUGUGUUUAAAUGAAUGAAUAACUGAGAAAUAUGUGUUCUGUUUGUUGCUGUUACAUAGAAAUGAAAUUGAUUACUCUAAGUUGAUCUUAAAUAUAAUGACCUUGCUAAACUCUCCAUUGCAAGAGGUUUCUUUAAAAAAAUUUCCUUGCAAAUAAUUAUAUCAUCUAUAAACAAUGAUAGUUGUGAUUUUCCUUUUCUGAUCCUGGAAAAUUUUAUGUAUAUUUCUUCUUUUUGUGCAUUGUUUAGGACCUCUAGAGAAUGGUUAAAUUGAAGAAAUUGGAACAGGCAUUCUUAUCCUUUUUUUAUUUUAGAAGGAAUGCUUCUUAUGUUUCAGCACAAGAGAUGAUAUUUGUUAUGUCUUUGGUAGAUAUUCCUUAUUAAGUUAAAAAUGUUUACUUCUAUAUUUGCUAAGUUUAUUUGUUUUUUAUCACGAGUUAGUGUUAAUUUUUUAAUCAUAAAUGAAUGAUAAGUUUUUUAUCAUGUUUAAGUGUUUUUAUUUUAUCAUGAGUGAAUAUUGAAUUUUCUGCCUCUGAGAUGAUUUUCUCCAUUAACAUUUUAAUGUGGUAAAUGACAUAAUGGACUUUGUAAUGUAACAUUCUCUUUCAUUCUUGGGAUGAAACUAACUCAUUCAUCAUGUGUUAUAUGAUGUAUAUAUCACUAGAUCUAGUUCACUGUUUUUUCUUAGGAUGCUUCUAUUUUUUGAAUAAAACUGGCCUUUAAUUUUC